AUGGCGGAGGGUGGCAGCGCCGCCGGAGAGGAGGCAGAGCGCUCAGUGCCCUCCGGGAUGGCGGAGGGUGGCAGCGCCGCCGGAGAGGAGGCAGCCAAACACAAUGCCAGCGCCAACGCCGCGUCCUCACCGUCGCCGUGCUCGCCUCCGGGGGGCGGCGGGACGAAGCCGCUGAGCGCGGCGGAAUACGCGCGGCGCGUCCACCAGUGGCUGUGGGACUCGUACUGCGGGUACCUGGGCUGGCAGGGCUGCGCACCCGCCUUCCUCCCGGACACGGGGCGGCCGGCGGGUCGGGAGUUCCUUAUCCCUUCACUGGCACACAGGUUCAUAGCAGAGAUGGUGGAUUUUUUUAUUCUGUUCUUUAUAAAGGCAACCAUCAUUUUAAGUAUUAUGCACCUCAGUGGAAUAAAGGACAUCUCUAAAUUUGCCAUGCAUUACAUCAUAGAAGAAAUAGAUGAAGAUACGUCCAUGGAAGAUUUGCAGAAAAUGAUGAUAGUAGCUCUCAUCUACAGGUUAUUAGUCUGCUUUUAUGAGAUAAUCUGUAUUUGGGGAGCAGGUGGAGCAACCCCAGGGAAAUUCUUGCUUGGACUGCGAGUUGUGACGUGUGAAACAUCUGUACUGAUUGCACCAAGCCGUGUGUUAGUCAUUCCAUCUUCUAAUGUCAGUAUGACAACGUCCACAGUACGAGCUUUGAUCAAGAAUUUUUCUAUUGCAUCAUUUUUUCCUGCAUUCAUUACACUGCUGUUUUUCCAGCAUAACAGAACAGCCUACGAUAUUGUAGCAGGAACUAUUGUGGUGAGAAGAAAUGGAGUCAGAUGAUACCAAAAAAGGAGAUUUCGGGACUGAUUCUGAACAUCCCCUCCAAACCCCAGUGAAUUAAAGACCUACCCCAGAACUGAAAUUGAGGUGUCUGUUGGAAUCUUUUUGCCCUAAUUAAAUAGGAACUGAUUCAGAAGCUAAAGAAAAUGUAAGAUUCCUGUAUGAUGCCAGCAACUACCUUCAAAGCAUUGGAGUUUUCAUAGACGCCAAAGAAGCUUGGGAGAGAAAAUACGUAUUAAUUCCAGGAGUAUUAAUUAACCUCUGACUGAUGAGACAAAAACUUUAACUGCAAAAAGGAGCUGUUCUGUGUGUCAGUCUGUGGAAAGCAGAUCCCUAGGAAUAUGCCACCUUAAAAGAAACGUUGCUCCUGCAGUUUUGAAUGUUGGCAGGUAACUAGAAAAUGAAGUUCUUUUCCAGACAUUUGCCUGUCAAAGGAUAAGGGGAAAGAGACCUGCAGUAUUAGACAGCAAAGCAAAUGAUGUUAAUUAAAUUGCCUGUAUACAGAGAGAUCAGCAGAAGUUAUCAGCAUCUUUAUUACUGCUUCACAGAUCAUAUUUCCUCACCUUUUAAGUAUUUUCUCACAACAUUGAUGUGAAAAGUUUUUUUUUGCAUGAUUGUCUCAAGCAUUGUCACUUACUUCACUUGUCCAAGCUAAUGAAGAAGUGAAACAAUAGCUGCUUUUCCUCUGGGAAGGGUAUGUUACACUGCAGUGUUAGUGAUCUGGUGUGUGUAAAUAAUUCUGGAGCCAUCAACAGUACAGACUAAUGAAAGGUAACAUUUUGCUUCUGUUUGGAGUGAAAGCACAUGUCUAUUUCUUGCGUAUAAUGCAGAGCAGAAGUGAAUGUGUUUCAGGAGCACGCAAAAAACAUUAACUGAAAUGUGUUAUGGGUGUAAAUCUGCAGAAGUAUAAAUACUGGUUAUUUUCACUUUAUCAUUCUGGUUAAUUGUUUGUAUAUUCAGAUUAACUUAAAUACUGAAUAAAGAAACCUAAUAUUUUGCA